CCAGGCUUGGGCACCCAGAAGCUCCUGGAAGCUGUGUUGAAGCUGCUGCCCCUGGACACCUAUGUGGAGAGCCCGGGAUCCCUGGCGAAGAUAGAGAGAUUUGAGUUUUAUGAAUGAGCCAAAAAGGCUUUUGCUGUUGUUGCAACAGGCAGAAGUCUCCAUGGCAACCGCAGCCUCGGUCUCGCGGCUCCAGCCCCUCGCCCGCCCCGCCCCGGCUGCUGCGAAGCGUCUGGAACUGCAUCCUCCGCAUCCACAUCCGCAUUCCCGUCCUCCCGCUACCGAUUCCUGCAGCAGCUGCCGUUGGAACCGCCAGGUGGCUGGUGGGCAGUGACCCUGUCCCUGUUUCUGGACCAGGAGGAGAACCACCAUCCACUAUGGUGAAGCUGGGCUGCAGCUUCUCUGGGAAGCCAGGCAAAGACCCAGGGGACCAAGAUGGGGCUUCAGCAGACAGUGUUCCUCUGAUCAGCCCCCUGGAUGUCAGCCAGUUGCAGCCACCAUUUCCUGACCAGGUGGUCAUCAAGACGCAGACUGAAUACCAGCUGUCCUCCCCGGACCAGUCAAAGAAGUUUCCAGACCUGGAGGGGCAGAAGCCAAACUGCAACCACCCAGAGGAAGGGCGCAGGCACAAGAUCUGCACACCGCUGACCCUGGAGAUGUAUUACACCGAGAUGGACCCGGAGCGUCACCGCAGCAUCCUGGCGGCCAUUGGGGCCUACCCUCUGAGCCGCAAGCAUGGCACUGAGAUGCCUGCAGCUUGGGGGGACAGCUACCGUGCGGCCAAGGAAGUGCACAAGGGGCCCACCCAGGCUGGGCCCCCUGCUGUGGUGGCCACAGAGCAGCCGGAGAAGCCCUCCACGAGGGGUGACAAGGAAGAGAUGCAGAAAACGACGGCCAGCGCACCACCAACGGCCCCUCAGUGACCGCAGCGCACCUUGCCCGCCUGGCCCGGGCAUCCCCUGCCAGCUUCUGUGACUAGCAAGCGAGUCGCCUGAUGCUCUCCUACCUUGUGUUUGUGCCCCUGCCCCCAGACAACUCACUGAAGCCCCCGCUCCUGGUGGGUUUCUAGCUUUGUCGCUUUUCUGUAAGUAAAAACUCAAGUCUACCUGGAUGU